GCCUUUUGUUUCUGGAGCCGCUAGAAUUGCGUGCGUCGAUCAAACGCGUAAACAAUUAAUUUGCUCACGCGUCGUCGCGCGUAUAAAUUUGGCACUGCAGCUCAACUCUGUAUCCGUCGUGCAACGAUCUGCUGAAUCGGACGUCAUGGCUAGACUUUCAGCACUAAUUGUUACUCUGGUCGUCGCAACAACUCUCUACAUCGACUACGCUGGAGCACAAGACCUGCAACGUCGGAUUCAACCGUGUUGUCAGGUUGUGGACAAGAGGCACUACGUCGGCUUGGACACUUACAAGCGUUCAGUUUACAGAACAGUGAAGCAAUGCCAAGGAUCGUGCACGUCUCGAUCAUCCACCCGCGUCAUCCAAGACGGAGGCAACGACAACUUUGUCGGUGCUCAGUCUACAAGCCCCAGCGAGCUGUUUCUCAACAGCAUAUUGCUCGACGGGAGAUCUCUCAGCCUCUAUUUUGACAGAGCUUAUCCGUGGGAUCGCUGGACUGCUCACACGAUUCGGGUAUCGCAUCCCGCGCCCUAUUACUGCGCAGACAUCUUGCGUAUUCAGUUUAAAUUCUGCGUCAAAGCAUCCCGAUCGUGGCUUGCUCAUAAUGAUUACAUCUUCAUCUGGAAUCCUCAACCGGAGAGUGAUAGUCUACUUUGGGGUUCGUACAUUAGAGAUCUGCCUACAGCAGGAACCGGCUUUGGCCGGAAUCAGUAUCGCUGUCACACGAGCACGUAUCAACCCGGACAUCCCAUCUUCCAGUACAUAAUCACAUACGGUGAUCUCAACGUGGCCAUUCAAGACGACACAUUUUUUGACUACACACAGCUCACUCUUACAUACGACACUACCAGCAAGUCAUGUCAUGCAGUUAAAGUUAGACAGAGAACCGAGGAUAUUUCACUGUCGACCGGAUUGAAAACUGUGAAACUAGAAGACCAUCUCGAAUGCGAAUGUCAGGAUCACAGUCGUUGCAAUCGAUUCACUUACAAUCAAACAUACUACGAAAAUUCGUAUUUUGAGCAACAAGUCGACGUCGGGAAGUGUGCAGGAAGUUGCCGUAGUUACUACGCGUUUGCGGAAGAGACCGACAAGGAACGCGAUGUGGUACGUGAACUCGAUAAUGCAAAAGUGCAACUCAGUGAAGACGCAGUGAAACGCCGGUUCCAAUCGGUCGCGGUUCCAUAUAUUCCAUAUUUCACUACUACCUGCCAGCCACUAAAAACACACGUCGAGUACGUCAAAGGACCAAACGGUGGCCACUGCGUUGAAGUCAUAGACAGAUGCAGUUGUGCUCGGCGUUGCUAUCGAAAAGUACACUAUGAAGAAUACGUGGAAGUGAUAGCAACGGGCUCGAGCUACCGCGAACGCCGAAGGGUAUACAAUGUGGGAAAAUGUGUCGGUGAAUGCGCAUCGAAGCAAGGGUGUGUGCCUCUCUCAUACUAUAACUAUCCUACUAUUCUUCUGCGUGAUGGUAGCAAGAAGCAAGUCCGAGCGAUCAGAUGGUGUGGUUGCAAGUAGAAGCUCGUGAAGUGAUGCCACAGACAUUUUGACUCUCGGCUGUGUGCAACAUGCAACUCUUAGUUUGCAUGAUGCUUGAACGUGUCUAAUUAGUUGUUUUCGCAAUCUUUUCGCACGUAUAACUGUUUCUUCAUGAAUAUACAUGUCUUUGCAAAA